AUGCAUCGCAAAAUUCUUCUGUACUCUCUCUUCUCCACAUUAUCCUUCGCCGCCGCUCUCUCGCCACUGGACAUCUUUCGCGGUAAUCCCUCAUCGAUCCAGGAUUCCUCGGUGGUCUAUCUCAACCCAGACCAGAACACAAUGAACCCCGGUCCCGUUCAAGCGGGGGAUGAACCUGGACAACCUGGCGGUCACAUCGGCGACAAUACUCUGUCGAUAUCCGAUAUACUGCCGCAGACCCGCAAGAUCAAUAUCUUUGCAUCACUGACACGAGACAUCUCCGCCGUCACUUCACGCCUAGAAUCCACCAAGCCAGAAGACAACACGACGCUCCUGGCUCCUUUGAACAGUGCGAUGCAAGCUCUGCCCCGCAAACCUUGGGAAGAUAGACCGGGUGACGAUUCGGGUGUGGAUGCUGAGAGGGACGAGGACAAAGCCGCCCGAAAUUUACAGAGAUUUGUCGAGGAGCAUGUGGUGGCCGUGAGUCCUUGGAAGCGGGGCAAGUCGAAUAAAAUCAAGACACUGGGUGGACAGGAGCUGUGGUGGGAGGAAAAUGAAGACGGCGACAGAGUGAUCAACCCGGGAAAUUUGAUUGUCGACGGUGUUGUGGGAAAGGUGGGCAACGGCGAGAUUUGGGCGGUCAGGGGAGUGGUCAACUACGCAUGA